AUGCUCCUGCUGAAAGACAAAGUUCUGGCUCAGAAGCUGCUGUCGGCGGGCUGCUGCGCUCGCUGCAUCCUCAGAUUCUGCUGUGUCAGUGUUCCGGCCGCCUACCGGCAGUCCUACCAGGAUAUAGAGAAGGAUCUUCAAGCAUUCGUCGGCGAUAGAAAUGACAAAUCUCACGAUUCAACAGCGUCAGAUGUCCACAGAAGAAAGAGCCUAUAUGAUGCAUCAGUACCAGAAGCACUCGAAGGCCCGCCAAGUAAAAAAGCCAAACUGGAGUCGGUGGCGGCUGCUGCUCAGGUGUGUGUGCUGUGUUUGGGAAUCCUGCAGGAUCUCUGUGAACAGAGUCACGCCGUGAAGAUUGCUGAGGUGGUGAGGGCAGAAAACUUUCAGUUUGACUCUCUGGUGUUAUCGGUGUCUCUGCCAGCUCAGCUGUGUGUCCGAGAGCACUCGUGUUGGCUCCAUGUGAAGAAUGAUGUGAAAGAGAAGAGCGCUGCGCUCGGUAAGGACGACAUCGUUCAAGUGAAAGAGGCCUUCAAGUGGGUCAUGCAGGGACUGGUUGCUAAGGAGCUGGGGGGCGUUGCUGUGGUAACCAAGAGUGCGUUUGAGGUUGCUGUGGAAUUCACACACCUGGAGACGGAUGCUGACUGCCACUUUCUCGCUGCAGCAUGUCCCAGCUGUUUCAGACCCACAAAGAACAAACAAUCGGUGUUCACCAGGAUGGCUGUGGUUAAAGCUCUGGAAAAUAUACCUGAUGCAGAGUUUCUGAAGCACUACCCCUGUCCACCAACACAGCCGGCGUCCAUCUGUUGCCCUCAGGAUGUCCACUGUGUCCAUGCGUCUGUGUUUGUAGCAGGGAGGUACAACAAGUUCUGUCGCAGCCUGCCUCAGACUCCCUGGGUCAUCGACGGCGAGAGGAAGAUGGAGUCAUCAGUGCAGGAGCUGAUCGGAGCGCCUGUCCUGUCAGCUUUUCGGGCCAGUGGAUUUAAUUUCUCCUCGUCUGGCAGGGAGGACGUGGAUGUCCGGACUCUUGGAAAUGGGCGACCCUUUGCCAUGGAGCUGCUGAAUCCUCACAGAUCCAGAUUCAGUAGAGCAGAGAUGAAGGAGCUGCAGGAGACUGUUAAUAAAUCUUCAGACAAAAUCAGAGUGAGAGAUCUACAGAUUGUUCACAGAGAAGCCAUGAGUCGCAUGAAGGAGGGUGAAGAAGAGAAAACUAAAUCCUACACAGCGCUCAUUUGGACCCAAAAAACAAUUCAGAGAGAAGACAUCGUCUUCAUCAACGACAUCAAGAACCUGACUUUGGACCAGAAGACUCCUCUGAGGGUUCUACACCGCCGGGCACUAGCUGUACGCCAGCGUGUCAUCCACAGCAUGAACGCCCGCUUCCUGGACCCUCAUCACUUCCAUCUGGGACUGAAGACGCAGGCUGGGACAUACAUUAAAGAGUUUGUUCACGGGGAUUUUGGUCGCACGAAACCAAACCUGUGCGACCUGCUGAAGACAGAGACGGACAUUCUGGAGCUGGACGUGGAGUCUGUGGAUGUGGACUGGCCUCCUGCCAUACCAGAGUGACCCAGACCUGAUCCGGUAUCUUCUGGCAGAGCAGCUGAGUGCUGACCGGGUUCAGCUACGUGGACACAGCCCCCGCCCGGCGCUUUGAAGCCCGCCCUGUUCCAGUUUACAUCCCAGGGUUUCCCUGCAAAUAACCUUUUCUUCAGUUGGACGACAAAAUCCGAGUACCACGCUGAAAGUGAGGCUGUAACCGUGGCAACACUGGAGAAAAUAAAACUGAUGGAGAAAUCCAGAAAACACA